AUGGAGGAUCUGGAAGGAAUUGACAUUGCUGAUCAACUACAAAGAUUUGAAUUAUCAUCGGAGGAAAAAUCGGGAGUGGCUUUGGAGGAGGAGGAUGUGGUUCAUAGUGGAGAAGAAUGCAAACUGAGUUUAUUUGGGAGGAUCUUUGGAAAUAAGAAGGUAAAUUUAACAGGGUUGAGACGAACGCUUGGGUUGGUAUUGAGGACAUCACAACCUUUGGAAGUGAAGGAAAUGGAGUCUAAUUGCUACCAGUUUAUUUUCAGAGUGAAGAUUGGAAGGAUUUUUCACAUGGUUAAGGAUGUCCAAAUACAGGAAGCUAGGAGGUCUGGAGGAAGGGUGCUUAGACUUUUACAUGAGAAGCUGUGUGAAAAUAAGAGAUCUGAUAUAGCAAAGGGUUCCUUUGUAUUAAAUCAGUAUGGGGAGUGGUUAAGGGCCUCACAUGGAUGGGGGACUGGUAGAUUCAAUAAAGGGAAGGAUGGGAUAGAGGGUGAAGCGGAUGUUAACGAUGAAAAUGGAAAUCACAAAGAGAAGAGAGGGGUAGAAGUUAGUAAUAGUAAGAUGGAAUGUGAAGGGGGUGAGGAUAGAGGAAAAAAGGUUGUGGUUCUGGGGGGUAUGAGAGGAAGUGGAUCUGAGGGUGAGGAUAGUGAGCAAAUGAUGGAUUUGAGUGAGGGGCUGCUAGAUGAAGGGGUAGAGAUGUUAAAGGGGGUGCAAGGGAGGAGGGUUAUUAAAGUGAUAAGGUCUCAGGGACUGAGGGAGAAAAGAGAAAAAGAGGGGGUGGGUAGUAGUAAGGUGGGGUUAGAGGCUAAAAGAAUUUUUGAUAUGUUAUCUGAAAGGGUUGAGGAGGAGGAAAUUAUGGUGGAGGGGAGUAAGAAGAAGAGGUUUUAUUUUGAUAGAAGGUGGUUGGGUUGGUCAGGGGUGAAAGAAGUCGUAGAAGGAGCUUGGGGAAAAUCUGUUAAUUCAAAGAAAGAUUCAAAACUGAAGAAUGGAUCUUUUGAACUGGAGAAGGAGGAUGAGAAUCAAUAUUGGCUCUGGAAAUGUUGGGCAAAAGCAGGAAAGUUUUUGGAGAGGGGGUUGAGAAUCAGAAUUGGGGAUGGGAAAGAUACUUCAAUCUGGAAUGAUCCCUGGAUUCCUACAAAUGCACCUUUUAAAUUGGGCUUGGAGAAGGUUAGUCAAUUGAUGAGGGCAGAGGGAGGAUGGAAUAAGCAACUAAUUGAGGAUGUGUUUCAGGAAAGAGAUGUUACAACCAUUAUGAAAAUUAAGCCUGAUGUGGAAAUGAGACCAGAUGAGGUUGUUUGGCAUUUUGACCCAAAGGGUAGAUUUUCAGUAAAGUCUGCUUAUAGAAUGAUCAGACAACAUGAGAAAUUGGUGCUGGAUAGACCAGAAGGUAGCAGGACUAGGGAGAAAGAGAAUAAAUUGUGGUCUAGGGUUUGGGCUUUAAAAAUUAAAAAUAAGCUGAAGUUGUUUUUGUGGAAUUGUAUUAAAAAUAUCCUCCCAACUACUGACAAUCUAUGGAGGAGGAAAGUGAAAGAGAGCAAUGUUUGUGAAGUGUGUGGGGAACAGGGUGAAACCAUGGAGCACAUUUCUUUUCCUGUGAGAGGGCUAUUAAAGUUUGGAGAUUGGCUCCUCUGUUUUGGGAGGGAGGGGAGCAAAGGGAGGGAAAUUUUAGGGACUGGUCUUGGAUUUCCAGGGGCACUACGAUUGAGGAUUAUGGGGAUAGACUGCAUUUUUCUGUGUAUAUGUUAUCGUGGUUAUGGAAGUCGCGCAAUUUAUGGGUCUGAAAUGGGGAUUAUGAAAGGAGCUUGGGGGGAAUGGUUGGAAUUUUGUAAG